ACAGACAAGUUCAGGUUUAUCCAGAGAACCAUGGCAGAAGGUGGAUUUGAUCCUUGUGAAUGCAUUUGCUCGCAUGAACAUGCAAUGAGAAGACUGAUUAAUCUGCUGAGACAGUCCCAGUCUUACUGCACAGACACAGAAUGCCUUCAGGAAUUGCCAGGACCAAAUUCCUCCAGUGACAACUGCAUCAGUUUUCCCAUGAUAAUGAUGGCCUGGGUGGUGAUUGCACUUGUUUUGUUCUUACUGAGACCUAGUAAUCUGAGGGGAUCCAGCACAGCCGGAAAGCCAACCAGCCCCCAUAAUGGACAAGAACCACCAGCACCACCAGUGGACUAGAGCGUCCAGUAUUGGAAAAGUUCAACAGUGAAAACCUUGCACGACCAAAUGAACGAAACGACCAGAUUACUCCUAAACCCUGUUCAAUACUGUUUUCUUUUCUCAUUUAUAUAGAGUAAAAUUAUCAUUCAGCAGUUAUCUUCAGGACUACUUUUAGCAACUUCAAUUUUAAGUUAAUUUUUGCUUUGUAUGUUAUUACAAUUCCUAGCAGAUUGUAAUUUGAAUAAUGAUGAGGCAUUGCAGGGGGUUUUUGAUUGUUACUGUUACUGUGGACAUUCCACUCAGGCUCUUUCUGUUACAAUGAUCUUAUUUCCUUGCAGUGAUUUCUGAUACGCAUUGAAAAAAAGAAAAUCCCUGUGCAUCUAUAAUAACGGAAGGUUACUGACCUUUCUUCAGAUUAAUCCAUAUUUUUUCUCCAGUAUGCUUUUAAGAGUUACAUUAUGGUUGCAACUAUUAUAGCUUAGUUAUGUGGUGAAAAGUUGAAAUUAUUUUAUAUAUGCCCUGGGUUCAGAGCAGCUUUUAGUCUGGUCUUUGGACCACUAACAUGGUUUUCAGGGUUGUUGGCAAAAGCAUGGAU